AUGGCUGAUGACGACGACCCCCCCGUGGCUCAGGUUGAACACCAAAAUGAAGUCGAACUCAAAGAGCAAAACUGGACAGAACUGUAUGAAUUUCUUACGUCGGGAUGGGGCGAUGAUUACGACAAGGACAAGCUAUCCGAACUAUUAAAACUACAGGAUAAAGAUACUAUCAACGCUCAUCGCGAGCAUUAUGACCACGGACGAACCCUACUUCAUAGAGCAGCUUGGAACAACUCAACAGAGGCGGCUAAACAGCUGCUUCUCCUUGGAGCAGAGAUUGACGUUACUGAUGACCGAGGGUACACCCCUUUAAUCGAAGCAGUCAUGUACAACGAAACAGAGACCAGCAAGUUUCUUAUAGAUCACGGAGCAAACGCCCAGAUAACUGAUAGUGAUAAAAGUACUCCUCUCUAUAUAGCGAGUACUCAUAAGAAUAUAACCAUCAUGGAGUGUCUUUUAUCUCGAGAUAAGACCAGCCUUGAUGUCCCCAAUACCACAGGCAGGACUCCACUAUGUGUGGCCGCGGAAGAAGGUAGUGUCGAGAUUGUCGGCCUGCUGCUAAAAUUAGGGGCAGACUUAUGCAAAGCAGACAACAGUGGAAAGACCCCACUGAUGUUUGCAUGCGAGAUGGGAUACCUAGACAUCGUGGACAAACUAUUGGACAAUUCCCUAAAUCUCGAACAUGUCGAUCAACGCGACAAUAAUGGAAUGACGGCAUUAUACAUGGCUUUCAAACAACCUAAUUCCAGUCCUGAGAUUGUGAGGCUUUUGUUGGACAGGAUGGUUUGGGCAGAUUUUGGUAAUCAAGAUAAGCUGGAACAGGAAGCUAUCAUCUGGGCUGCAGAGAUAGAGGAAACACAUGAUAUUGCUGGCACGAUAUUAAUGAAAAGAAAAGGAUCGAAAGAAAAGCCUACAAUUGCCGGUUCAGAAUCAUGGAGUGCCAUUGAGUGGGCUGCGUAUAGAGAGGAACCAGAAGUACUAUGGUUACUUCUAUCUAGCUCGCGGCCUACAGAUAGUACGGAAAACAGUCGGAAACUUGCCUUGGAUAGAAUUUCUCCUCAAAUUUCCAGAGAAAUUGGAAAGGGGAAUAAGGGCAAAGCGAUUGAUGUUAAUAAAUCUCUCGUCACUGACAUCUUACGGGACCCUCCCUUUACUCAAACAUCAAGACGUAUGGAGCCCUUCAACAUACCGAGCAUUGGAAAUCUUGAUAGGGAUUCCAUUACAGUGGUGCAAGGAUUCGAGGCUGCAAUCAUUGAAUUCUAUGAAGGAAAUGCCGGGUCGGGAUUCCUUAGACGAUUUCGCAACGUAAAGGAAGCUAUUUAUGAUAAAGGACCCGACGCGAUAUUGAAAGAGGCGAAAGGCAACAUGGAACGAAUUUUCGCGGCCAAGUCGAAGCAAUUACCGGAAUCAUUGAACAAGCCUUUCGGCCUAUAUCAAAUGUACCUCCGCGAAAAACCAAAGUUCAUGUGGGUUCAUUUACCGGCGACAAAUAUGGUAUGGAUGAAUGAUCUGCUGAGAAGAAUCAUGAAAGAUCGGGGAUCGACAAAGGAAGAUUUCCAGGAGAUAAGUUCCUUUUUCCGAGAUAAUUGGUUGCAAGUACCGGAUAGAACAUCUCAAUCGCGAUUCAUGAGUCCUCGAUGCGUGGCUAUUGAUGGGAAAAAUGGCACUUCGGGUUACAAAUCUCUCUACAUGCCGUACCUUACUUUUUCUACCGAGUUUUCCACGGAGACGGACCAACAAGAGGCAAAAUUGAAGGAAGCAAAAACAAGAUACGAAAGUUUGUUCAAUUCUUAUAAAGGCAAAGUUAUCCAUGGAUCACCGACACUUGACGAGGCAUACUACCACUUUUCUUCUGAUGAAAAAUCUCAGGACGACAAAAGACAUCGCAACGAAACCCAAGUAGUUACAAAGAAGAUGUAUUCAACACGUCCUUCAUCUUGGAAACUUCUUCGGGUUAAUCAACUAUGGAGUUGGGUUAUCGAUAAAGACUUACUAAUCACUGCCACUACACAUCCUGUUGAUAAGGAAGAAGAUUCUUUAUUAACUGACAUACUUGAAUACCUUGGUAAGAGAGGAGAGGCCGGAGGAAGUCAUUCUCAGCCUAGCUCCGCAGUUGAUAUGAGCAAACUGCUUGUCGACUACUGUAUCGGCUUCUACGAACGAGAGCAAGUAGACCAUGAACCAAACCAAUCGAUAGGUCAAAUCUACUUCGACGCCAUUAAUGAAAUUGCAAUAAAAGAAGCAAACUUAUACGCAGGGUUCAGCUUGCAAAAGAACAACGUUGGAAAUGCCGCCGAAGACGAUGUAAGGAAAAAGAGAUUUGCCGAGAAUGUGAAAAAAGCCAUCAGCGAAGCAGCAGCUCUUUCUUGUGACAUCAAGGAUAUUCGCGAUGAGCUAAACAUUCUCAAGACUAUUGCCAACUACCAGAACAAUGUACAGAUGAAAAUGAGUGACGUGCAGGGUAAUGACGAUCACUCAAAAGCUGGCAUUCUGGUAAAAUCGGACUAUUUAGCGUCUAGGAUAAUUAGUGAUAUUGAAAACAUGGACCAAGCCGCGGAUCGAAUCCAUUCAGCUGUAGAUACAAUCCUCUCUCUGGAACAAAAUGAGAUUUCAAAUGAUCAAGCCAAGACUGCCAAUGAUCAAGCUAAGACUGCCAAUGAACUGUCUAAGACUGCCAACCGUCAAGCUGAAGAGAGUAUAAAACAAGGUCGAACACUCAUGGCCUUUACCGUCAUUACAACAAUUUUCUUACCUCUCUCAUUCCUUUCAUCUAUCUUCGCUCUAGAUUACGAAGCCUCACAGAAAACCCCGGUUGGUGUCGCUCUCGGGAUUCUCGUUUUUAUAGUCGUGUUUGGCCUUCAGGCCGGCCGAUGGAUAGUGGAUAAGCUGGGGGAGACAAUACUGGGUGAGCUCAUACGGAAGCACAAACCCGAUUAUAGCGCUAUAAAAGCCAUGUUCGGGCUGGAGCCGAUGAUAGAGAAGACCGAAAAUGAACUCUCAGGAAAUAAUUCUAAGUGGAACCAGAUUCGGCGAAGAAUAUGGAAGCCAGCUGGAGGGGUGCUAGAUGGCAAUUCUAAAACGCUGGAAGAAGGCGGGCUUGUGGAACAAGGGGGACAAACCACAGUUGACGCGAAUUAG